AAUUCAAACAAGCUCAAAGUACAGAUUCUCUCUCUCUCUCUCACACACACACACACACACAGCAGGAUCUGAUUUCUCACACAGGAGGUCCAGACUCAGUCAUCAUGAGGGCCGUCACGUCCGAAAGCAGCUCUGGAAACGAAUAUACAGACGAGUUUGAAAAUUCAGAGAACAGUGAUGACACAGAGUUCUGGAGGAAAGAGUCGUCUGUGCGCAGGAUCGGAGAGGCGCCCUCUGGCGGUCGCUGGCGGUGGCAGGUGUUUGCUGCGAUCUGUAUAAUGGCUCUGGCUCUGCUGCUGCUGAUCAUCACAGUAUCUGUGAUCCAUGUGAAGUUUGGCAGGAAGUUCUCAACUACAGAGACGAACAUACAGAAUCUGACGCAAACGCUUGUGAGCGUCAUAACCAGAACACGUGACCUGGAGGAACACGGACAUAAGCUGCUUUUGGAAAUCAGCAGUCUGGAGUUUAACCAAGAGACAAUGCAAAGCAUGAUUAAUGAUAUGUCGGACUCAGCGCAGGCCCUCCGUGACACAGUUUCUGGUCUGAAAUGCCAGAUUAACAAGAUAAGGAACAACAACACGCAGGAGCUGUGCUGUCCUGAUGGAUGGAUGCUCUUUUCUACAAACUGUUAUUUCUUCUCUGAUGAUGGGAUGCCAUGGGACGCGGCCAAGGACGAGUGUAGGAAGAAGAGAUCAGAGCUGCUCGUCUUAAAAAGCAGACAGGAGAAGAGUUUCGUGAUUAGUAAGACCAGGCCUCUGUACUACUGGCUGGGCUUGACUGAUGCCCACACUGGUGAGUGGGAAUGGCUGGACGGAACGCCGUAUACGAUCAUCAGGAGUGAAUGGAUGCCUGGUCAGCCGGAUGACUGGAAAGCUCACGGUUUGGGAGGCGGUGAAGACUGCGCUCACUUUCAUCACGACGGACGCUAUAAUGACGAUCACUGCUCUCGUCUCUACCGCUACGUCUGCAAAGCUCAGGCCUCCUCCAUCUGAGACAUGAAUGUCCUUCACAGCAUCAACAAUUCACAACAAAAAACAUCAAACAAAUAUAAUAUCAGUGUGAAUAUAAACACUAAUAAUGGUUUAAUAAAAGUUUCUGAUUCGUAUAUUUGAUGUAUAUAAACAAUAUUCUGUAUUGAUUUUGGAGGAUGACAAGGUAUUUUAGUUUAGUUUCUCAUGUUCCUGUGCUACAAAAAAAUGUUGCUCUGGAUGAAAGCAACAGAUAAACGAAUAAAUGAAGCUCUGUACUUUUGAUUCUACAGCCACGCUGAAAGUGUAACUGUUAUUGUAUUUUUGAUCAAAUAAAUGCAGCUUUUGUGAGCA